AUGGCGUCUUCCGUACCACUAAAGAGGUAUCGACUGGCAUUUUCAGUUUGGUUCUGCCAUGUGUGCCACCUUGUUUUCCCGCGCAAUGAUACGUAUUCGCCCAUCGACUACUUCUCUCCCAUACUGGGUCUUCAAAACGCCAAAGCCGCCUGGCCUCAGGGAGUUAUGAUAUACUGGAAGCUAGAGGAGGUGGACCAAGACACACGCCUUCAGCAGGGUUACUUCCCACCGCGUGAGCUCCAGUACUAUGCAGGCGGCGAAUACCAUACGCGGGAUCAAGCACCAUCCGACCCAUUCAUCUACUAUCAUUUCCCCAUCAGUCUGCGUAAUUUUACCUCGGGCCAAUGGCGAUAUUCCUGUCGUUUCGGAUUCGCGCAGAAUUGUACUGGUCCGCAGUCCUCAGGCGAGAGAUGGCUUUUAUCCCAGCCACGCAAAGAGGUCAUCUUUCGAAGUGCUGCCGGUGGAAGGGCCGUUGACCUCCUUGACCGCCGGGAGGAUCGCUUUGGUGAACCGGUUACUUUUGAAAUUAUGGACUGGACGAGGACGUUAUGGACACAUUCUGAUACGUGUCCGAUAUUGAAUGAAACCGCGCUCAGACCCAAUCCGUGUGCACUGCAGUUGAAUCAGACAGUUGUUGAUGAUAUCACUGCUGCGAUAGAAACGGAGAAGGGAUGUAAAGCUGGAAGUUUGGCCAAUGUUACAGAUGUAUGUGAAAGCGGCGCGAAGAGAUCUGGCUCUUUGGGGAUGUUCUCGUUGCAAAUGGGUACUUUUUGGAUUCUUCUCACUGUAUUACUCUUUUGA